AUGGGAGAUUGGAAUCUAUUGGGUGGCAUCCUAGAGGAAGUUCACUCCCACUCAACUAUAGUGGGGAAAAUCUGGCUGACCAUCCUCUUCAUCUUCCGAAUGCUGGUACUUGGUGUUGCUGCAGAGGAUGUUUGGGAUGAUGAACAGUCCUCUUUUGCCUGCAACACGCAGCAGCCGGGUUGUAACAAUAUCUGUUAUGAUGAGGCUUUCCCUAUCUCUCUGAUCAGAUUCUGGGUUUUGCAGAUCAUCUUUGUGUCUUCCCCUUCUUUGGUGUACAUGGGCCAUGCACUUUACAGACUCAGAGAGUUUGAGAAGCAGAGGCAGAAGAAGAAGUCACACCUCAGAGCCCACAUGGAGAACUCAGAACUUGACUUGGAGGAGCAACAAAGGGUAGAGAGGGAGCUGAGGAGACUCGAGGAGCAGAAGAAGAUUCAUAAAGUCCCUCUGAAAGGAUGUCUGCUGCGUACUUAUGUCUUACACAUCUUGACCAGAUCUAUGCUAGAGGUAGGGUUCAUGAUAGGCCAAUAUAUCCUCUAUGGGUUUCAAAUGCACCCCCUUUACAAAUGCACCCAACCCCCUUGCCCCAAUGCAGUGGACUGCUUUGUAUCCAGGCCCACAGAGAAGACCAUUUUCAUGCUCUUUAUGCUCAGCAUUGCCGCCAUCUCCCUGUUACUCAACAUCCUGGAAAUAUUUCAUCUCGGCAUCAGGAAAAUCAUGAGGGCACUUGAUGGCAAAUCCAGCAGUGGGAACACUGAAAAUGAAACAGGCCCUCCAUUACACCCAGCAAACUACUCAGGGGCCCAACAGUGUGUGGUUUGUUCUUCUUUACCUGAAAGAAUCUCGCUACUUCAAGCCAACAAUAAACAACAGGUCAUCCGAGUCAAUAUACCGAGGUCUAAAAGCAUGUGGCAAAUCCCACACUCCAGGCAACUUGAGGCAGAUGGUUCCUGUAGCAGAAGAAACUGGGCUGAGAAAGUUGAAAACAGUGGACAGCUCCAUGUUCACAGCCCGUGUCCCCAUGAUGGCAGUGCCAAAAUUCAGCACCCAGGACAGCAACCAUGCCAUUCCCUUUCUGGCCCCAAGAAUGUGAUGUCUCAGUCCUGGUUAGGUAUAACAACAGCUUCUCAGCACUGCCCAUCUUCUGCAUUAGAAACCUGGGAGCGAUCCCAGGGCCCAGAAGCUUCUGGAAAACCUCUCACAGACCGUCAAAGUCGCUUCCAAGGCAGUGAUGGCAGUGCAAGAGAGAGUGGAGUUUGGACAGACAGACUAGGUCCAGGUAGUCGCAAGGCCAGCUUUCUCUCGAGGCUAUUGUCAGAAAAGGGACAACAGCACAGUGACUCAGGUAGCUCACGGUCUCUGAAUAGCUCCUGCUUGGAUUUUCCGCAUGGGGAAAACAGCCCCUCACCUCUGCCAUCAACCACUGGGCACAGAGCAUCAAUGAAUAUGCUUCUAGAACUUUCAUCUAUUAUGAAAAAAUAA